CAAGGCCGUUAAAUGACUUUCGGAACAUCCCACUGCCAUUUUCAAACAUUCCGCAUGGAGACUAGCUAAACUAGGACGAAAUACGGCUAUUCCUGAACGAAAGAUAAAUUAGACAACCUAACACGAUGUCAGUUCCACCUGAAAAAAUCGCAGAGUUAAAGCAAAUUAUCCAUGGACAGUUGUCUCAGAUUGGCAUGCAGAGUCGUAUACGUGAUGUUAUGAGUGAGGUUAUCACAGAAGAUUACAGUAAUGGACAGGUAUCAGAACAAGAAAUUAUGCAGAAGUUAAAAGAACGAGGACUGGUGGACGAUUUGAUGUCAAAUUUACAGUUUCAGAAUCAAGGUGAUGGACAAAGUCUGAGACGUCCAGCAACACAUUUCCUUGACCAGGAUGACAAGGUCACCAAUCUUCCAGUCAAAAGAGCUAACAUUGACCCUUCAAGAAGAUACAUAUACUUUAACAUCAAGAAUGGGAAAGCAUUCCUAGAACACAUUGAGAACUCUGAUCCGAUGCCAGGACAAGUCAGUUCAUACUUCACCUUCCAUAUACAUUUCCGUGGACAGAGAUUCAAAUCUCGACCAGUUCCAUGUGCCUGUGAACCAGAUGUUGAUGAAGGAUUUCUGUUAGAAGUUCAUAAAGAGUCAUCAGGUGAAGCUGGUAAAAUGAUUGAUGAAUCUGGGAUGUUGUCCAUCUGUGACAAGCUACACAUAGCCCUGAUAAAAACUGAUGUAACAGGGGAGACAACUCUUGUGUCAUCACAUUUUCUGGAAUGGAGACCUGUAUUAACGGCCAAAACUGGAAGAUUUCAGACAUCUAUUGAACUUAAAGGAACAGGUGAUGAGAGUAAGAUGGCAGCUGGUGUAAUAGACAUCCAAUUAGAGUUGUUUCCUAAACCAGUGAAGAUCAUUGGUCAGGAAGUACUGACUGCACAGCUCAGUAUGGAACGUAACCGACAGUCAGAGAAAGAGAGGCUGUUCCUUGUCUAUGCUAAACAAUGGUGGAAGGAAUAUUUACAGAUCAGACCAGCUAAUCAAGAACGUCUAGUCAAAAUAUUUGCUCAGGAUGAGAAUGCAGUGACCCGUCCAGUUUGUUCGUUUGUUAAACCAUUACGUGCUGGUAGAUUGUUAGAUUCAGCUCGACAUGCUGCCAGAUUUGUCAGUCUGAUGCAUCAUAAGAAACAGGAGUCAGUAGGGGGAGGUAAUAAACUAGAGCAAUGGACAACAGUACAUGGAUUUUUAUGUCGGAAUAGAGGGGAUUGUGAGGACCAUGCCAUAUUACUAUGCAGUUUAUUAUUAGGGUUUGGUCUAGAUGCAUACGUCUGUAUUGGGACUAAAUCUAAAGGAUCUGUCCAUGCCUGGGUGAUGACCAUUACUGUUGAUGGUUUAGUGACUUUUUGGGAAAGUCUUAAUGGUCACAGAUACAUCCAUGAACCCAUAGAUCCAGACAUGCCACCGAUGGACAAAAUGCACCGACCAAAAUAUCCUUAUAAAACUAUAGGCUGUGUAUUUAAUCACCAGUCAUUUUAUGGCAAUAAUCAACCUUCAGAACAUGUAGAUGUCAGCCAAUUUGAACUUGGAAAUGAAUCUCGAUGGAAACCAAUGUCCCAGGAUGCAGUUCUGUCUGUGUGUGGUCUUGGAGCAAGCCCAACAUGGCCAACUCUACCUCCACUCUGUUCCUCGACAUUAGAUCCUACUUUAGUCAGCAAUGAUUUAGAACAACAAUUAAGAGUUCUACUGUUUGAACACAGAAGGGAUCUAGGAUUGACAACAGUUUGGGAUGACCAGUUAAGUUAUCUACUUACACCAGCCCUAGCUGCUUAUGAAUUAGAAAGAGUCACAGGGAUAACUGCUGGUAAUGAGGAGUUCCAGGAUUCUAUGAAGCAGUGUGUCCCUGAUGGACACACAUUUAAAGGAUAUCCUAUUCAGUUUUCUCAUAGGAAUGCUAGACGAGCUUUUGCCACAUGUCUUAGAUCACCUGUUUGUGAAGAAAUUGUGAACUGUCGAGGAGAUCAUGUGAGACUUGCUGUACGUGUCAAAAUUUACCCAUAUCCAGAAUCUGCAUGUGCCACUUGGAUUAUGUUUGCUUGUAAAUAUAAGUCAGUACUGUGAGCUAUAAUGACUCAGUAAAAGGUUGUAUGGACUUGUGAGGUUAUGCCAGUAUAUUGAAAAAAAAAGAGUAUCUGAAAUCCUUGCCAGAAGAUGUAGGGAGAGAAAGUUCAGAAUGAAAGAGCAUUUGAAAGUUUGACAAGAAAGUUGAUGUACUGUCAAAGUACUACUGAUAUUAUACCUCCAAUAUUUUGACAUAUAUUGUGAUGUUUAUUUACAUAGUAUGUGCACUUUAAGUUGCAUCAAAAGUAAAGAAAAUAUUAAGAAGAAAAAAACAAUCAUACAGUUGAAUGACGUUUUCUAUUUAUAUUUUUAUAGACCACAAAAUUGUACGUUGGAUUCUGUCAAUUUGUGUCAAUUUCAGUUUAUAGUAUAAGUUAUCAUUGUAAUAAUCUUAGGGUUUACGAACUGGUAUAGUUACAAGCCUAGUAUUUCAAUAGAUAUAGUUUAUGAACAUUUGUAUACUUUACUCUUCAGAAUGUUGCAUGCUUUGGAUUAAAAGUACUGAUAUAUAUUUUCUGACGAUUGAAAAAAAUGUCUUAGAGAAGCAGCCACUAUUCUUUAACUGGUACAUUACAUAGAAUACACAUUCCACAGUUUCAAACUUUUAUUAUAAGGCAGCAUCCUAUUGAAAAUGAAAAUUUUGUUUACGUCCAAAUGGUAUCAAAAUGGUGUAAUUUAAUAUAAUAAUUAUGAUACCAAAAUUACUGAAUGCUCAAACACAACAACACCAAAGAGGAACAAUAUCGUUUAUGUAUAUUAAAGAAUUAUAAUGUUGUAAGGUGCUUUGUUAAUAAUUGUGAUUAUUUUAUAUAUUUUUGUUGCUAUAUAUGAAAUGUUUAGUGCUUGUUUUAUUUUUACUGAAGACUGCAUAACAAAUAUAACUGUGAUGUAGUUAAUGAUUAGAUAGGUUAGUCAUUAUUUUAUUUUCAUCCUUGAGGUAUGAUUUAACUAAUUUUUGAUAAUUGUGAGAAUAGAUAUGUAAAAUUUGUACAGUGAUGAGUUGUGUUUACAUUCGAUUUUCUAAUUGUGGUUAAAACAAACUUAUACGCAUUUCUGUUUGUGUAUAUGUUAAAAUUCAUGUGCAGGUGCCAUAUUUUGUAACGAGAAGACCUAAAACAUAUUCAUCCUAAUCCUGCCUGUCUAACAUUGAGAGAAAGCUCAAUUCUAAUUGGUUGAUAUUAUACAAAUAUAGCCUUUGUAUGAGGUCGAUACAAGGAUAUAUUGACCUUAAAGAAGUAUAUUGACUGAGGACGAAGUCCAAGGUCGAUAUACUUCUUUGGGUCGAUAUAUUCUGUAUUGACCUCAUACAAAGGCUAUAUUUGUUAUAUUAUUAAUUUCCGACGAUAUUUGUAUCAAAAUCGUCAUUUAGGUUUGUUUGAAUUUUAUAGAAAUUACAUUGUCUCAUUGACAAUAACAACAUAUUAGUUAUUUACUUUUUUUUUUUACAUCUUAUGUAUUUGAAGAUUUUUUUCGUCAAAUAAUCGAUCUCAGAUAUAUGUGUUUCAAAAUGUUAAACAAUAUCCUGAAAUUCAUUACAUGACAUCACACAAAGUAUAUUGGUUUUUCGAUAUUCUAAAAAUAACCGUGCGAUAUGUUUUUUGCCGGUCAAUAUGCUUUUUGCUAUCCGCCGUUUUCUCUCUACCUUCGAAAAUAUAGUUUAAAAUGUGACUAUCCCUAAACAAAUCAAAUUUGUCAAAAUAUACGAAUUAAUAAUAUUAUUCAAUAUUUUUGGGAAGGAAAAGCUACAUUGUAAGUCUGAACUAUGAUAUUUUGCAUGUAUUUACAGAAUUUUUAUUUCAUUACCCAUUUGUAAAUUUUAAACUGUAAAAUUUGUGAUUAUUAAAUUGAGUUAUAAGUUAUAUGUUUUUUUGUAAACCUUGGAUAUUGACUUAAUAUGAUGUAUUGUAUUAACACAUUCAUUUACAUGAUGUUCUGCGUUUAUGUUUGCUUUGUUUUAUUGCUGUCUCGAAGGAUGGUGAUGUUUGAUGGAUAGGUGGAUGGGAGGGCUGGCUGGUUUGUCAAGAAAAGUUGGCAGCUUUUUAGUGUAAUCCAUUACUCCUUCAGUUUCAACCCAGAUCCCAUAAUAUUUACAAUAAUAUUGUACAUAUGUUAAAGUUGUGCACUUGCUAUUAUAGGAAGUGUUUAUGGAAUCUUUUGAACGCAUUCUCUGCUGCCUAGCAAUUUAUUUUAGUUAUGUUUUCCUGCUGACUUGAGUUAAUUUUGAAAAUGUAUUAUAAUAUACUCAAGUACAAAUGAUAUAAACAUUUUCUAUUAUCAGACCUGAUUUCUCUCUGCAUUUCCAAUCAAGAUUUUACCGUCAUUGUUUCCUUUCUUUUUAACCAAUUUCAUAAAUUAUGCAUGUAUUGUAUCAUGACUGAAAGCUGUGAAACAAAUUUUUAAAAUCUGAUAUUGAGAUAGUGUAUCUUAAUAUUGUUUUGUUCAGUUGCUGUCUCAUUGAUGUGUAACUAGAAUCUCAUUUUAUUCUUUAAUACAAACAUGCUACAUCAAGAUAGCAGCAGCAAAUACAGGGACUAAGAUUUGACCACAUUAUAUUGUUUUAUAUUUCCAUCCAAAUGUUUGCAACAAAAUAUGAGUGCUUUUCAUUUUACUAUCUAAUGUUAUAGUUGGUAGUCUUAUUUCUACUUAACAAAAUGGCUGUCAAGUUAAUGUUCAUAGUUUAAAGAACAAUAUAUUUUUAGUGAUUUUUCCCGUAUUUUUUCUUGUGAUGUAUGUAUUUUAUGUUUUACACUGCAGCAGCAUUUAUAUAAUAAAUCAUUAAUCAACU